AUGGCGUCCUUCGGCUUCACCAUCGUUGUGUUUGUGACCCGCAAACCGGGCCUCUCUCCGUCCGCUUUUCAAGACCACUGGGAAAACCACCAUGUUCCUUUACUGAAACGUCUGGGAGGCUCUCGGUUUCCUUUGCGCCAUACCCGUCAUUAUCUGAAGCGAGACCCAACACCUCCCGACUACCCGGUGGCCGCGCUCGUGGGGGGCUCGGCCGAUUUCACCUGCGACGCCUUUGCCGUCGUGAGCUUCGAGGAUGAAGCGGCUUUCCGAGAAUUUCUACCGGUUAUGUCGAGCCCGGAGGUUUUGGAGGAUGAAGAGCGGUUCACGGAUCGUGCAAGGCUCAAGGCCGUCACUCUCGGGGACAUCAGACUUUCGACAUCGGAGAUCGGGGCCUGA